AUGCCUGACCCCGCCCCCUGGACCAUCGGCCGGCUGCUGAACUGGACGACCGACCACUUCACCAAGGUUGAGUCGGACUCCGCGCGGCUCGACGCCGAGGUGCUGCUCGCACACUCGCUGGGGCGCGAGCGGAUCAUGCUCUACGCGGCGUUCGACGAGGUCCCACCGGCGGACACCCGCGAUCGGUUCAAGGCGCUUGUAAAACGGCGCGGCGAGGGCGAACCGGUCGCGUACCUGGUGGGCAGCCGCGAGUUCUACUCGCUCCCGUUCGAGGUCACGCCGGACGUGCUGAUCCCGCGGCCGGAGAGCGAGCUGAUCGUCGUGACGCUGACCGACCGCGUAAAGGAACGCCCCGCCAGUGACGAGCGGCUCAAGAUCGCCGACGUCGGGACCGGCAGCGGCGUCCUGGCUGUCUGCGCGGCGAAGUACGUGCCCAACGCGGACGUGCUGGCGAUCGACGUCAGCCCCGCCGCGCUGGCGGUCGCCAAGCGCAAUGCCCAGCGCCACAAGGUGGACGACCGCGUCUACUUCGUCGAGGCAGACCUGUUCCCCGCCAACAAGCCGGACAUGCGGCUCGACUACAUCGUCAGCAACCCGCCGUACAUCACCUCCGAGGAGAUGACGGGGCUCGAUCCGGACGUCAGGGACUACGAGCCGCACCUGGCCCUCGACGGCGGCCCCCAAGGGACAGACGUCAUCGAACGGCUGCUGCCCGCGGCCGCUCACCGCCUUAAGCCCGGCGGGUCGCUGCUGAUGGAGAUCAGCCCGAUGAUCGCCCCCCGGGUGGAACAACUUGUAGAUCAGACCCCAGGCCUCGAGCGCCGGCCGACGAUCCGUGACCUGGCCGGUCACGCGCGGAUCGUCGAGGCGCAGGUAGGCGAUCUGCUCGCCGAGCGUUUCUCUGAGCAGGCGCCGCCGGAGGCGACCAGCGUCACCGACCGCGGCGUCACGUUCCGUUGGGGCUCGAUCAACGGCAACUACACGCUGGUCGAUCGGCCCAUCCCGUGGGAGCGUCUGGAAGGCCCAUGCGCCACAGCGUGGUACUGGCCCGACGCGAAGCAGUCGCUGCAGGGCCACUCGCACCACCUGUUCGUCACGCUGGUCGACGACGAGAAGAAGCCGAUCCACACCGCGACGCGGAUGACGCGGCUGGUGGCCGCGCUGGCGCUGGUCGCCGACGCCACCGGCAUCGUGUGGGGUCCCAGCGGCCUGGUGCACCGCCCGGAGGACUUCGCCACGCUCGCGGCCGCCAUCACCCCGCAGGACCUGCCGCUGCACCUGUGGAUCGACUUCCGCGUCACGCAGCACGAGGACUCGGACGCGCUGGCCCUGUUCACCACCGGCCUGGAGUCGCUCGGGCACCGCGAGUUCGAGGUCCCGUACUUCGCCGGCGACGCGCAGCACCUGGCCGGCGCCACGUACAACGUCGCGCAUUACGUGAUGGAGAAGGGCCCGAUUUUGAAGGACGGCGAGGCGGUGGGCCUGCCGGACGGCGGCCAGGUCAACGUGAACCUCGGCCCGUCAAUGAUCGACCCGGACCAAGAGGUGGUGCAGCUGACGUUCGAGUAG